AUGACGACCGAGCACACCGUCGACCGCCACGACGACCUCUCGCAGCUCCCUCACCUCCGCCUGCCCGGCAUCGCCCAUCAACUCUCGCCCCAGCACGGGCGCCCCUCCAUCCCGUCCUCGAGCACCUACAGCGCCCCGAGCCGCAUGAUGCUCCGCCCCUUCUCGGCCUCGUCGCCAACUCGCGCCGUCGACUCGCCCGCCGAGGAGCCCGACAUGAACCUCGUCGGGCAGGCGACGCCCUCGCUCGUCGUCACCGAAACGCACACGUCGGGUGCGCGAGUGCGCCCGUCCUUCGCCGUCGACACGCCAGCCCUCGUCACGCCCGCCCUCGUCACGCCCGCUGUCGGCUCGUGGAGCAGCGCCCGCCAGCUCGAGGGCGACGCGUUCCCCUUCCCCUCCAUGCCGCUCGUCGUCCAGUCCCACGCGUCGCGCAACCAGUCCGACCCGACCUCGUCGACCCGCCGCUCGUUCCGCCCCGCCGUCCCGUUCGCCCUCGCCGACAGCCCGACGCCGUCGUGGCCCGGCACGCCCGAGGGCAGCUCUGAGGGCUCGGCGACGCCCGACAGCCUCUCGAGCGAGAGCUCGUGCGGCCCCGACGGCGCGACAACGGCGCCGACGUCUCCUCUUGCGGCGCGAGCGCUCUUGGGCCCUUCGCCCGGCGCCGGCGCGCGCUCGCGCAUGCGCUCGCCGCUCGUCUCGAAGUUCGACGUGCGCAACCAGCUGCCCGGCGCGACGCACCAGGAGCGCCUGCGCAUGCAGCGGGAGCUCGCCGCGUCGCCUGCGUCGGGCAGCGGCGAGGAGACGUCGUCGGCAAGCAGCGGCGCGCCCUCGCCGUGGCAGACGCCGGGCCCUGGCGCCCCCCUGUCGGCCGACUGGUCAUCAUCGUCGAUCGUGACGAGGCUGGCCCCGCACGGCGCGUCGACGCGGCGCCACUUCAAGCCGCCGCCGCACGGCGUCCGCUCGGCGUCGUCGUCGUCGAGCGGGUCCGACUGGCGCCCGGGCGAGCUCAGCUCGCGCUUCUCGGACUGGACGCCGUCCGAUUCGCCGCCGGUCGCCGGCUCGUCGCAGGCCCUGCGCGCGAGCGAGCAGCAGCAGGACGACGACGAGCUGUUCGGCAUGUUGCCGGCCGUCCUCGAGCGCGGCCCGCACGCGAGGUCUGCGGGCCACCCGCUCCUCGACCUGUCGCCGCACGCCGCCACGAGCGCUGCUGCGCCGCCCGCGCUCGUCCCGCAGUCGUCGGCCGAGCGCGCACGCCUCCUCCUGCGCUUGCGGGCCCUCUCGCUCGAGGUGACGACGGCGCCGCGCGACGCCGACCUGCGCAGCGUUGUCGCGACGAGUGGGAGAGGCAGGGGCGCGACGGCGUCGAGGAGGAACAGCACGGGUGGCGAGACGCUGCGCGACUCUGGUGCGGCAGGGUGAGGUUGCGCUCGAAGUUGCGCUCGAGGAGGCUGUGUGCGGCGGGAGCCUUUGCGUAGUUUG